AUGACCAAGAACCGGCGGGUCCCGGCGACGCCGGACGCGCUUGACGACUUUGUCCUCUCUGGCUGGAGCAACGACGACAAGACGCUCGGCCUCGCGUCAACGUGGCCACAGCGACAGAAGCCCAAACCAGCGCAGGUGCCACCGCCAGUGCGCACGGACGAAUCACCACCGUCGCCGACGCGGAUCUCGAGCCUCGUGGAUGCCGGGCGGCUUCACAUGUACAAGCUUACCGUGCCGAGGAUAUACAGCAAUGCGAAUGCUGGCGCGCGCAACCCGGGUGGUGACGGCGACUGGACCACGUACAUCGCCAAAGUGGACUUUGACGCUGAUACGAUCCCAGACGAGGUCCUGGCCAGCACCGAUCCGCUGCAGCCGAGUUGUCUCUCCAAGAACGCGGCACCAAUCAAACCCGUCAAGUCGAGCAAGAAGACGCUUCAGGAGCUGCAUCCUGGUCUCAACCGUGUCUGGCCCUAUUCGUAG